AUGGCGAGUUUUCUAAAUAAAUGGAAGACCAGCGGCGCUACGGCCUCGAGUUCGGCAGGCAAAGACGGACCAAAAAAGAAAGAGGAGACUCCGCUAGAGGUCACCCCGUUAGAACGGAUGCUUCAGAAUGCUGGCGCGCCCAGGCAAGAUGGAAGCGACAAGUUCUUCGGCAUGGAGAAUUUCGGAAAUACUUGCUAUUGCAACUCGAUCGUCCAAGCCCUCUACUAUACCGUACCAUUUCGAGAGCAGGUGCUUAAGUUCCCGCCAUUAUCACCCUCAAAUACCCCUAACGGAAACCGACCUAGGGUUAACGUCCAAAUCCGAGCUCCGGCUGUGAACGGAAGCGCGCACGGAGGCGCAAAUGCGAAGAAAAGCUCUGUAGCUGAUGCGAUGGAGAAGAGGAAACAGAUUAACUCUGGGCAAAUCCAACCGAUUCGGCCAGAGGAUAAACCCGACACCCCCGAAUAUAAAAAGAAGCAAGCGAUGCUGAAGGGCCCUAUAUUAGAGUUGGCACAAGAAAGCCACGAAACUUACGGGAUGGAUGAGUGCACGUUCACGGGCCUACGAGAUAUUUUUAUGACGCUCGUAGAUAGUACCGUCCGUACUGGAGUUCUUAGUCCGCAGCGCUUCCUGGAGAUCUUCAAGCGCGAUAACGAAAUGUUUCGUAAUUCGAUGCACCAGGAUGCGCACGAAUUCUACGGGCUCGUUUUAAAUGAUAUAAUAUCGAACGUCGAGAGCACAGCUAAGCGGUUACUUAACCAGCAGGUCUCUUAUAGUAACGGUAGUAUUGAAGAAUCGCUCAAAGCAGCCUUGGGAGCAAUUGCUAAGACCACCUCGAACGGUAUAAAUUCUCCGGGAACAGGCUGGGUGCACGAUAUAUUCGAAGGCGUGUUAACAUCAGAGACGAAAUGCCUCACUUGCGAGACUGCUUCUCAGCGGGAUGAGACGUUCCUGGACUUGUCGAUUGACUUAGAGGAGCACACCUCAGUAACUGCGUGCUUGCAGAAAUUUUCGGCCGAGGAGAUGCUCUGCGAGAGAAACAAAUUCCAUUGCGACAAUUGUGGAGGCCUACAAGAAGCCGAGAAGCGAAUGAAGAUCAAGCGACUGCCUAAAGUGCUAGCAUUGCACUUAAAGAGGUUCAAGUAUACGGAAGACUAUAGUCGGUUGCAGAAGCUGUUCCAUCGUGUAGUAUACCCGUACCAUCUAAGGAUGUUUAAUACGACGGAGGAUGCCGAAGACCCAGAUCGGCUGUAUGAACUGUACGCUGUUGUUAUCCACAUCGGCGGCAACGCAUACCAUGGACAUUACGUCUCGGUCAUCAAGACGGAAGAUCGAGGUUGGCUGUUAUUCGACGAUGAGAUGGUCGAGCCCGUUGAUAAGCACUACGUCCGAAACUUUUUUGGGGACAAACCCGGUAUGGCCUGUGCAUACGUGUUGUUUUAUCAAGAAACGACUUACGAGAAGAUGCGGGCUGAGCAGGAGGCGGAGGGUCUUGAGGAAGUUAGGAUCGCCAGCGAAAAGGCUGGUGUUGCUCAAGAAGACGGUCAGCCGAACGGUUCAGUUACCGGGUUAACAAGGCAGCUAACACAGCCGGCUCGGCCGCCCGAAGAGCGCGAAGGGUUGACCACUCUAGAUCACGCUGCUACGGCACCUGAUAUGCUCAUCGAUCCGGCUGCUCCUUCUCCGGCGUUAUUGCCUCAGCUAGACGGUGCGGUACCGCCCAGCCCCUUGAUUUCAGAAAGAACGGAUACGACCAAGGGCGAAACAAGGUCAAAAGAAGAAAGGAACCGAGAAAAGAAAGAAGCCAAGGCUCAAGAAAAGGCACGGAAGUCGGCGGAAAAGGAAGAGCUCAAAGCCAAGGAGAAGCGGCGCAAAGAGGCCGACGCGCGGUUGCGCGAAGCUCGCAAAGCUGAACAGGAGGAGUUCAAGAAAGCCAUCGAGGCAAGUAAGAAGAUGGAUGAAGAAGACGAAGCCAGCCGCAGAGAACAAGAAGACAGUGUUCCGUCUCUGCAGAAGCCGGAUAAGGGUAGCAGAUCCAUGUCAAGAAAGAGCUUCGGGUUUUUAAAUAGAGACAAAGCAAAACGGGAUAUCCUAGAGGUUUUGCCCGAAAACAAACAGAAUGGCGAGAGCGCGGGGCCCAGCCACGACAAGCCGGAGCAGCAGUUCAAGCUUAAGAAGAGCUUCAGCUUUAGUCUUGGGCGAAGAAAAAGCCAUAGUACCCUCUCGUAA